AUCCUACUCACUCUUAAUUGUGCGUCGCCCUACUCCUCCCAGUGAUCCUAUUUUGUAUUAGUGUACUGUAUACAUACCAGAUACAGUAUUUUUUUUUUUUUUUUUUACUUUGUGUGUGUUAGCAAGUUUGUUUACUUGCAUAUACUUUUAACCUACUCUUAUGUUUUAGUGCUACACAGUUGUGUUAUACCUAUACUUUAUCUUAGGAUAAAGCACUUUGAUUUAUUUUUGUUUAUUUGUUACACUAAAGUGUUAACACUAGUUACAGUUGACUGAUAUUUGAUAAGGCUAGGGUAUUGUUACAGCCUACUGUCACUGUACUUUGUUGAUUGUUGCCUAUGCAACCUUGAUUGACACAUAGUACUGUUGCGCAACUUAGUGUAUUAUUAUUUUAGUGAGGACGUUUUGUGUAGUAUAUACGUAGAGUAUAGUAUUUUGUUUUGGCUUCAGUGGUAACUGUAGAGCCUUAGUGUAAACUAGUGUAGUCUAGUAUUCCCUCACGAUUGUUUAUUUAGUGUCUCAGGUUGUUAUAGUAGCUGUAGUGCGUAGUGUUAUAUAGUGUUAACGUAGUGUAAUCAUGACUAGUGUAGUAGAGUUAACGAAGGUAGGAAAGGAGUUAGGUUAUGAAGGAGAGGAGUUACGUAACUUUGUUAAGGAAGAGCAGGCUAGGGAACGUGAUGAACGACAAAGUAGUUUAGAAGCAGAGAAGGAAAGAUUAGAAGCAGAGAGAGUAAGGUUAGAGUUAGAGGCUAGGUUGCAGAAGGAAAAGAUAGAAUAUGAACGUAAGUUAGAACAGGAUAAGUUAGAAAUGGAAAAGGAUAAGUUAAUGUUAGCUAGAAAGUUAGAAACAGAGAAGGAGGAAGCAGAAAGUAGGAAAUUAGAAACAGAGCAUAAGUUUAAGACAGACUUAGAAAAGAUGAGUAAGAAAAGGGUAAAGGUUAAGAUGUCUCCCUUUGAUGAGAAAAUUGAUUCCAUGGAUGCGUACUUGAAUGUGUACGAAACGUACGCUGUUGCGCAGGAUUGGGAUAAAGAGAUAUGGUCACUUAACUUACCGUUCCUUCUAAAGGGUACGGCAAGAGAGGUUUUUGAUAGGCUUCCGUUGGAAGAUAGGAAGGAUUAUGAUAAACUGAAAGCCGCUUUGCUACGUCAGUUCGAACUCACUGACGAUGGCUAUAAGAAAAAGUUUAGAACUGAGAGGCCUCGGGAUAAUGAGACCUUUGUGAUGUUUCUAGCCAGAAUAAGUAGAUAUUUAGAUGGUUGGCUUAGACUGAGUAAGGUAGAGAAAAUGUAGGCGCAGAUUAUUUGAGUAGAGUGUAGGCAGGUGGCUAUAUUAUAUGAUGUACAGAUAGUGACAGUGUGUGUUUUCUUUUGUGUUUGCUAUUUUCAGUAUGUCAUUUUGUUUUCAUUUAAGAAAAUUAUAAAUUUUCUUUUUAAGGGGGGACGUGUGUCACAAAUUGACAUACGGGCCUUAUUUUAUCUGUAGUGUAAAUGCAGGUAUUGCAUCAUCUUUUUGUAAAUUUUUGAGUUAUUGAGGUAAAUGUCAGAUUUCACGCAUGAAAUACCUCUCAUGUUUUUCUGUAUUUCAUAACUUAAAUUUCCAUGUAAAUUUCAUUAAAUUCGGUUCAGUAAUAAGAAAGUUGAUAUUUUAUAAACUUCAGUAAUUUAUGUUUUUAUCCCCAAAACCACUAUAAUGGGCCUCAAAUUGUCAAUUUAAAUUCGCGCCAAAGUAGUUAGAUUUCCCGGCUAUAUCGUGAAUCCCGUGAAAAUGACAAUAGUCAUAGCUCACGGCUUAGCCGUGAAUCCCAUGAAAUUUAGUAUUUGGCGGGACAUUAUCCUUUAAAUAGACUGGACUAGAUAUGCCUUGCGCACACCACCUUACGACUUUAUAGACGAAUCUAUGUCUGAAUUAUUUUCUUGCUAGAAAUUUAUGCUCGAUCGAGCUUCUUCCGCCAGACGAUUUUCCUGGUGAUGUCAUAACCCGGAAGUACAAUGCCCGAGGUUCACUUGUCUUCACUCGCCUGGAUGUGAUAUUCCCAGCGCAGAGCUUUCGUCCCAUGGUUGUGCCGUAAACCGCAAAGACGAUGAUUUUUGUUAUCCUCUGAAGUCAGCUCAGGGAUGCAAUCACCUACCACCAUAGGGAGCCAAUACGGAAUCAACGUAUUCACGGUUUAAAGGGACUGGAUUUUGAGAUAUGUUUUGUUUGUGCUACUUAAAGUUCACAAUUACAUUAAAGACCUGUGUCACGUCAGAUUAGAAUGGACUAUAAGAACUUUUGUAUCUAGAGAUACUGAACUUUCUUUUUUUUUCUUUCUUCUAAUCAGUUUUUUUUUCUUUUCAUAUCUAUUCAUUGUUAAUAAUCAUCUUAUGUAAAUAAAUUUGUAAAUAUUGUAAAGGGUGUUGAUUUGUUCUGAUGGUUACUGUCGCCGGUACGGCCAUUCCU